AUGGGCAGCUUGAUCAGACUGAUCAGACUGCAGGAAGACUUGGAAAGCGUCGAGGAGCGCAUGGAUGAUGACGUCACCGGUGCCGAAGCUCGCCAGAAGCGAAAGCAGCGGCGCGAGGCCCGGGAGGCGGCGAGGCUACAGCGUUUGGCACAGAAGGCUGCGGCUCGCCGCUCUGGACCCUCCGCAGAGGAGCUACGAGCACAGAAAAUCGCCGAGAAGGCGGCAGCUCGACGGGCCAAGGCCAGGGGUGCCUUAAAGGAACCGGGCCAGCAAGCCGAGGAGCCAGACACCAAGCCGAUGGAACAGGGCGAGCCCCUUCCUGAACAAGAAGCGGCCCCUCCGACUGCCCAAAACGGGCAUUCCGUUGAAGGCAAAGAUAGCAAAGAUAAGAAUCACAGAGAGCCGGUGAACUCAGAGAGCAGGCCGAGCAAGCUGUGUGCCGAAAAUCUGGCACCCGAGAGUGAAGCAAACGAGAAAGAGGAUAAGACCGCAGAAAAGGACGCAGCAACACGGAAGCAAGAGGACACGCCGAAGGAGCAAGCCAAGGAUGAAGACAAGAAGGAGGCAAAAGAGGCAGCCCGAGAUGGAACGCCUCACCGAAAGCGAAAGAUGCGGGAGGAGGACACCAAAGAAAGGAAAGAAGGCAGAAGAUCCCGAGACAGGCGGCGGCGAGCCGAGGAUCACAAGAGGAGGCGCUCCAGCUGCAGUCGAAAAGGACAUCGGCGUCAUCGUAGAAGACGAGACAGUAGGGAUGGCAGCCUGGGGAAGGGUGCCGGCACAAAGAAGAAAGAUGCCGACAGGUCACGAUCUGCAAAGAAGCCUGCCAGACGGGCUAACGCCAUCUCACCGCCAAAGCCCGCGAAAGCUCGUCCUGCCGUUGGAGCACGAGUACGGGUGUUGACCGAAAAUGAGGACAAAGAAGGCCUCUACUAUGACGACGAUCGGGUUGGUUCGAAGGGAAUGACCGGACGAAUUGUCGAGGAUGAUACCUCUGAGCAACCUUUUCGUGUCAAGCUCAAGAACGGCAAGCUGUCAUGGUUCAAGGAAGAGUGGCUGGAGGAGCUCGACGGUGGAUCAUCCUCGUCGAGUUCUUCAUCUUCUUCUUCAGACUCGUCCGGUGAAUCGGCCGAGGAUGCAGCUGGCAAUGCGCAAAGCCCGGGCGAUGAGGCUGUCGCCUUUGCUUGGGAGAGAACUCCCAAAAAUUUGCCGGCAGCGGGCCUCGCAGCUUACGCCUUGAAUGGGGCCGGUGGCGUCUCCCCCCUUGCUGCCGAGGUGGAGACCUUCCUCGCAACUGCAAUGGUGGACGGACAAGCUGCUCAACGCUUGCGGUGCAUGCCUGCCCACCAGCAGCGAAUGGUCAUGGAUCGCGGACCAAUCGCUGGGAGCAGAGCACCUGAAGGGGUGCUCGUUGCUCGCAUCCGCGAUGCCGAGCUCGGACGUGCUGGACCAGGAGCCAUGGGUGCCAUUCCAAUGAACGGCGGCCCACCCUCCUCCAAUCCCGAGAUCGAGAAGUUCAUCUCCAAGUGGAGCCUGGAUGUCAAGGCUUCCUGGAUGUUGCGCAGCCUGCCACCUGACAAGCACGAGACGGUGCUGAAGAUGUCGGUAGAGAAGGCCCGGAAUCCUUCCGCUUAUAUCAUCUCCCAGAUGAACUCGUUGUUUGGCGGAGUUCAAGGCAUUCAGGAACUUCAAAGGAUGAACGCCCUUGCCAAUGGAAAUCGCGACGCAAUGCUAAUGGUGCCCAAGUUCAACAAAGAGCCAAACUUCAACUUAACAGCUGUUACUAUUUGA